UCAUGAUAUGGUUCAUUAUCAGCAUGUAUCUAUCGAGUAUAGCGGGUUCUUACCAGGUCUUGGUCUUCGCUGCUCUACAAAUUCUAUGCAUAAUAGGAUUUAUUUAUGAAGUGAUACUCGUUAUGGAUGGUCAUGAACUGAAUGGUAGACAUUUGACAUUCUCGCAAGCAGCCCGUUUUGCUUUAACAAACGAGUUAUUGCCGAGCCAGCAAGAAGAUAAAACAACUUCACUCGAGGACGAGCAGACAAAGAACUGUAUUCCGGAAGGCGAAAGCGUGGAUACACCGAUUUGCUCUCAAGAAGAAGCAAGAAGAUCGGCAUCUGCUGAUGCAACGGGUAUCGAGAGAAUACGUAGCACGUCGAGACGUGGAGUAAAGUCAUUAUCUUUGGAUACGGAUGCUGGUUUAUCCGCCGUAAUGGAUGUGACAACAUGUAGACCUGCGUAUAACGUACGUUAUAUAACUCGUGGGACAUUACGCGACCGUUAUCUGCUCGGCAAAAUAAGAGCCGAAUUACGAACGUCUCUAGAUAUGCAAGAUGAUGAGGUUGAUACUGACAAAUACAUGUAUGGGGCACUAUAUGCAUGUGCUGGCAUGCUUCUCUGGAAACACAGAUGGAUCGCACACAUUCUGGUGAUCCCAUUGGUAUAUUAUAUCGUCAAGAAGUUAGGUAGCUAUUUUGGUUUUUGGAAAAUGAUACUCGGGCAUUGCAACUCGAUGAUAGAAAUGCUCAUAUCGUGGUGCAUGGAUCGACAUCAAGCACUCGUACCCUCCAAUAUCAGAGGUCUCUAUAAAAUAAGCGUUAUCGUGGAUGAGAAACUAAGAAAUAUUCUGAAAAACUCCGUCAAUGCGGUAGCGACUACAUCUGUAAUACUUGGCUUGAUUGUUUUCGCUACUUGCGCAUCUAUCUUUAUUAUGAUACAGAUCUAUGCAGAAGGCUUGCAUCUUGUUCAAGUAACAGGUGAAAUAUUGAAUUCCACUUUGAUGAGCAAUCCUGAUAUCGAUUGGGUUCCAGAAAAGUGGGAAGAGUCCGUUAACAGUGUUUUAGAUAACGUUUACACAUAUGGACGAAGUGCUAUAUCGGAUGGCAUUCGGGGUCUCGUAAAAGAUCUCGAACCGACGAAAGCGGAACAAAUGGAGAAGAAAGUCUUGGAGCUCUGGGAUCGUCUUUAUCAAGCAUGGAUGAUGUCAAAUAUGGAUCCGAAUCUCGUGGGUCCUACCGUAGAUGCCAUGUCUGCGUAUUCCGCUUGGGAAAACUUCAAAGAUAGCGUUGGAAAAACACCUAUACAUUUGUUCAAUAUGACUAGUAUACAGAAUUUUGCCAAAGAAAAUAUUGGCAUUCUUACAUCGGUGUUUGACUCUGUUUGGAGCAUUGUUAAAGGCAAUAUGUCUGUAAUACUAACGGUUUUUACGGAAUUGUUUUAUAUUGUACUCAUGAGUGGAUCAGCCGUACUUAAUUUUGUACUCAGCACGGUUGUAUUCUUUACAACUUUAUUUUAUUUGCUCAGUUCCAGCGAUAAAACUUAUAAACCCAUCGAACUGACAACAAUGUUUAGUCCUAUUAGUUGUCACAGAUUUGCUAUGUCAUUACAAGAAGCAGUGAUUGGGGUAUUCGCGGCCACUUUUAAACUCGCCUCCUUCUUCGGCAUGUGGACAUGGUUCAUACAUAAUUUGUUCCAAGUGAAAAUUGUCUAUUUACCAUCGGCUCUUGCAACUAUGUUAGGAGCAGUUCCUUUCUUGGAUGCGUACUUUGCCUGCAUUCCGGCUACCAUAGAACUUUGGUUCACUCGUGGAUCAAUGAUCGCUAUCUCAUUUUUUCUCUUUCAUUUCCUCCCGUGUAACAUAGUAGUGACGGAAUUUUAUAAAGAGAUUAAAGGUGGUGGACAUCCUUAUCUGACAGGUUUAUCGAUAGCGGGUGGAAUCUUUUGUUUAGGUGUAGAAGGAGCAAUUUUUGGCCCUUUGCUCUUGUGUUGUAUCAUGGUUGUCAUCAAUUUAAGUCGACGUUACCUACACUCACCUGAGGAGGAGGAGGAGGAGGUCGUACUACCGGCAUAUUCUAACCAUGAAAGAACAUCAUAAUAUAAGUCAAAAUAACAUUGCGAUUUUAACAAAAAUUAAUAUCUCUGCUUAACAGUAUCGCAAGCUACGGGCUUGCUUUCAACUUUUAUUAAAGAUUGAGAUCUGUAUUCACAUCGUAUUUUUCUACAAUAAAUGCACAUUUAUUUC